AUGUUUAGCUGGCCGAGUGAUGAGUUUGAUGUCCCUCACCUCGCACCCCUCCACCUUGAUCCCUUGAUCGCUGGCCGCAGUGUGGGAAUGGGUUGGGUUGUCCUCCUCUGUGUUGGUGGCGGCGCCUUCCAUUGCCCCUCACUGCAUGCGGCGGUCUCUCGCCGUCUCGGAGAAGCGACUCGACCAGCAGUAGGGGAAGGCACCCCGGUCGCGGUUGCUGUGUGCCCCUCCUUUCCACAUUGUAGCUGCCCGCCCGCGUCGCACCCACGGAGACAGCGCGCACAUGCCAGCUACCUAUGCGCGCGCCAGCAAGGUGUGGAGGUGAGGAUGCGUCGAGGUACCUGGACCUUGAUUCCCGGGGGACUCGGAGUUGGCGUAGGCGUAUGGCUCCACGGCAGAGCGAGGCCGCGCUGGAUUGAGUUGUGCGCGACCAAGGUGGCCACUGCGGCGUCGGCGUCCUGA